AUGAGCCUCUCAACGCCCAAAGACACUGACCAUUUGUGUAUGUUGACCAUGGAUGCUAACAAACUUCAACAAGAAGAUUCCCAUUGCCUCUCUUUUCUUUCCUCUAGUGUUAGGACACUUAUAAAUAGGAAUUCCCUUCCAUCAUUUCAAACAAAAAUUUACAUUUGUUUUUGUGACAUUCAUGUCUGUUAUCCAGUAUUAAAACUAGGUAGCAUACUUAAAAAGAGUGAAACGAUGGGGAGCAGCAUGGACGAUAGGAAGCACACUGAUCAAGACGACAACGACAACGACAACGGCGACGACGAUUCAAAGUUCAAAUCCAAGAACCUCAAAGCUGAGAGGAGAAGGCGGAAGAAACUCUCUGAUAGACAACUAGAGCUACGCGCCUUAGUCCCUAUCAUUACAAAUAUGAAUAAAGCCACCAUAAUCACUGAUGCAAUCACUUACAUUGAAGAGCUAAAAAUGUGUGUGGAAGAACUAGGCAACCAACUCCUGCAAAUGGAAGCAACUAGUAUUGAUGAAGAGAAGAUCAAACUGAAAGAGAUGGAUGAUGAACAAGAGAUAAAGAAGCAUGGAAUAAAAGUGGAGGUGGAGGUGGAGGUAAACCAUAUUUGUGGGACUAAGCUAUGGAUAAGGAUUGUGUUCCAGAAGAAGAAAGGCGCGCUUACUAAACUCAUGGAAGCCAUUGGCAAGCUCGGGAUUGAUCUCAAUGAUACCACCAUUACUACUUCCAGAGGAGCAGUUCUUUUCACCUCAUUUGGUGAGGGAAUUCGUGGUGGACUGCCGGAAGCUGACCAGAUGAAGAAGUACCUGUUGGAGAUCAUAAGGAGCAUCUAGAGAUAUUAUGGCGAUUAAUUCACAUUAAUCCCGUCCAAUAAUGAAUUUUUGAGGUUGAGGUGAACAACUAUAUUAUAGCAAUUUGAUACAUUAAUAUUGAACACUAAUUCUGGACAUUGUAUUCUUCAAGAUUUUCAAGCGAACAAAAUCUUCUU